CUCUAUGGCAGCUAGGCUGUAUGGGCCAUGCACCCAUUGUAUUGCCUUUCCGCAUGGAAAAAAUAUACCAAAAAACUCUAUGACAAACGAGAAACGAAUGGAGUUGUGCAUUAUUUUUAGCUGUUUUUGUUCACUUAAUUUGUGAUAAAACACAUUUAAUUUAUUAAAAGUACAAGAAAUGACUGCAGAAAACGAACGUGAAAUAUAUCACAAGUUAGAAGCCAUGAAGGAAAUCAGAAACAAAACAAUAACAUUAGAAAGGUUAAAACGUAGCAUAGUAAAUGAAGUGCGCAGUGGAGACCAGGAAGGCCGUUGCUUGGCACAAUAUAAAAGAGAAAUGGAACUUCUGCAACAGGAGAAAAUGAGCCAUGUCGAAGAGCUCCGGCAAAUACAUGCAGACAUCAAUGCGAUGGAGACGGUGAUAAAACAAACGGAGGAGAGCAUGACGCGCAAGCUGUCGACGGCGUCGCGGCUGCACGAGGACUACCGCCCGCUGAAGGCCGAGGUGGACCUGCUGCGCCGCCAGUGCCUCGGGCUCGACCGCCUGCCCGACCUGCACGAGGAGGAGGGCAGCCCCAUCACGCCCGACCGCUUCCCUCCCCUGUCGUCGGGCGGGGUCGGGGUGGGUUCGGGCUCGGGCCCGGGGUCGGGCGGGUCCCUGGGUCCCGGGUCGCUGGGUCCCGGGUCCCGGGGCGCGGGGUUCCUGGCGCCGGCGCCGCGCAAGCCGCCGCCGCCGCCGCCCGCGUUCAGGUCUGCUCUCGACCAAGAUUUCAUUACCGUCUCGCUGAGACAGCAGCCGCCGCCGAUGAAGUCGUGCCUGUCGUGCCACCAGCAGAUCCACCGCAACGCGCCCAUCUGCCCCCUCUGCAAGGCCAAGAGCCGCUCCAGGAACCCCAAGAAACCCAAGAAGAAAUAGUCGCUGUAAUCUGCCACAACAAAACACCGCGACCCAUCCCCGCCGACGACGGCGCGACGGACCAUGCUGUGUUACUCGUGAUCUUCGCACAAUAUUUAAUAACUUCGAUGUGUUCCCCUUUCGUUUAAUUAAAACUACCUAUACUAUAGAUUUCACUGCCUGUAUACAGAGGCCGAUGCACGAAUUUUGACUGCUCUAUAAUCGUUUCGCAUCGUUAAAGUGUCUAGGGGUCAUCCAUAAAUUACGUCACACGAAUUUCAUGUCUUUUUUGCCCCUCCCCCCGUCCUUGUCACAUUUGUAAGACUCCCCCCCUCCCUAGUGUGACGUCACAUAUUUUGCAAAUUUACAUUUAGAAAUCAUUGAAUGAAAACAGUGGUUCUGUUAUCAGUUUUAUUUCCAUUUAAAUUGUUUUUUCGUUAUUAUUAUAAUCAAAUCAAACAAUUAACAAAACAAAAAAAAUACCGAACAAAAAGUGAUUGACUAUGUUAAUUAAAGAAAUUAACAAAACAUAAAAUAUUAAUAACAUUAUAAUUAAAUUAAAGAUACAAACUUAAUAAUCUUGAGUCCAUGGACAUUGAUCCCACUCCUUUAAAUUAUUUAUAACUGGCAUAGCACCACUUUGUUCUCGUUUGGGUUGU